AUGGCGAGAUCGUCGGUGGGUGUAAUCGCCAGACGAUCUACAGUCCUUUUGUUUUUGAACAUCAUGGCCAACAUCCAACCAAGCCAUGCUAUUACUUUUGAUCAUAUGAAUCUGCUUACACGGAGCUCAGGAUCAUGUCCCAGCUCCUAUGAUUCCUGUGGGAGCAGUCUACCAGACGAUUUCUGCUGUCCUUCCACCUCAACCUGCAUCAGCCUGGACAACGCGAGCUCCGCCAUAUGCUGCCCAUCUGGGGCCAGCUGUGACUACAUUUCGCCAAUUGUCUGCGAUGUACAAGAACAAAAUGCAACGGCACACCCCAAGAAUACAGUCAAAACCACCAAACUCGAUUCCUCCCUUCCCACAUGCGGAACCGCUUGCUGUCCCUUCGGAUACACUUGCCAAGGGAAUAGCACCUGUGCAUUGGACAAGACGACUUCAAGCACGGCAACCUCUUCAAACAGUUCAUCAACUUCGACUGCUACCACAGCAGAUACCACCGGCGCUACAUUUACACCCGUCGCCUCGCCUUCCUCCUCAGACUCCAAAUCCAACCCCACCGAUGCCCUCUCUUCCACCUGUCUCUCAUUCCCUACCAAGGCUGUGAUAGCAGGGUUCUUCCCCGGUGCAAUCUUCGGCGCGGUGCUCGCAAUUAUCAUAACAAUAUGUCUCCGCCGUCGAGCACAAAAGAAAGACCUUCACAAUCACGACCCAAAGUCAGGUCUCCAUUGGUCCCAACGCUCCUUCUCUGGCGCAGUAAUGGGAAUCUCCGGCCCCAUCGCCAACGAAGACAAUUCCUACCGAACAGACUUCCUCCUCCGCCCCUCGGCAGAAAGACGCUCCUCAACGGGUGGACGGUCAAUGCUCCACCGCACCGGGUCAAGGGUUCGAAGCCUUUUCUCCGGUCAACCAAGACUAGACAAGGACAUUCCUCCAGUGCCGGAGGUACAGGUCCAAGGACCCGUCACGCCUCCGCGCCAGCGUCAGCCCAGUAUGGAGAGUAUCAAGGUGUACUCGCCGCCAGGCGCAUUCUCGCAGUCGAGAAAGUUCCUGGGUCCGGAGCCGUAUCCGGGGACUAUCUCGCGUCCUGACACGACGUUCACGGAUUUGGUGCAGGCGGUUGGGUUUAAUGAUUCGAAGGGGAAUCCUUCGUACAAACUUACGGAGUUUCAGGAUAAAGAGUUGAAGCUGUGA